CAUAGCUCACGUGAUCACUGACUGUCAGUGAGGAGCUUUAUUCUGUGACGCAGCUAACACUGUACUUUAUCAGUUUACUAUUUCCGCUUUAAACACUUACAUUGUGCAAGUACAUUAACGGACAGAUUAACAUUCACUCCUGAACUUUUUUUUUUUUACUUGAACCUAUCCAAGUACUUAUAUUUUCUAUUUCUCAUCUUUCGAUGUCGUGUAUGUGUUAGCUAACCGGCUAACAUAUUAGCGUUGUCAGUUAGAAAUGGAGUUCGCGCGUGACGAGAAGGUAGAGACGUUGUCAUAUACUGAGGACUAUAAUACUAAGGAAAUAAAAAAAGAACCCGACGACAGUGCGGUGGCGCCAUCUGUCGGCGGAGAAACGAACUGCACGGAGGCGCAGCUUGUUUCUGACACGUUUUCCUUUGAUCUUAAAUUAAUGGAUAAUAAAUUAUACCCCAUACAAGAACAACUCCAAUUUCUUCUCCGCGAGGCCGACGAGUUACAGAACCUCAUCGUCUACAGCGAAGACCGUGCCCAGAAUGAGAGCUUCGCUCUUCUGGUGCCAAAAUUCCUGAGGAUGUGUCAGCCAUAUUUCAACUACUUGGAGUCUACCGCCCGCAACACUUCACCUGGCCGAACUCCACUGCCCCAGUACAUACGCACCCGGCUGUUGGAGUUCUGUGAGCAACUGUGCAGUCGGCUGGAGGAGUUGAUAAUAACAUAUGCUUCAUACGGUUACCUUACUCUGACCGAAACCGACCCGAUGUGUGUGUCUCAUUUGUACAUUGGCCAGUGUCAGGUGGAUAACAUCAAGCUGUCAAUCUUCCGUUAUUGUCAACCCACCCCCUUCCUGGCCUCAACCAGUAAGGGACUGUACAAACGCAUGCGUUGGAACGUGGAGCGAAAGAUUGGGACCGAGGCAGUAAGAGAAGAGGAAAAGAAUGACAACAGGACAGAAGUCAAACAAGAGAUGGAAGGAGAACAGGAGGCAAAGGGAGUAGGAGGGACUGAAAGCAACAGUACAGAGUAUUACUUCCUCUGCUAUGAGGACAUCCACUUAGUGGAGGGAGAGGCACUGAGAGAACAGACAGACAGAAGGCCAGGGCAAGAAGCAGUAUUGAGGAUGUGGUCUGUAGGGAAAUGGGUACAGAUAUAUCCAGACCCAGACACUGAAGACAUCAAUGACUGGGUGUUGUGCGCGAUUCCGCAGGGUCAGUACAAGCCGCUGGUGUAUCUGGGUGAGGAGGAGCCAUUGUCCUGCGUUGCCACAGACCGUCUGCUGGGGGUGCUGCUGUCUCAGGCUGGUGAGAGCACGACACACCCCAUCACUUAAGGACUGACACAGCAAGAAAAGGAUGUCCACCAACCAAGAGUGAGAACAUCGUCAUUCUUACAAGUUCAGUAAGAAUCAGUUUUCCUUUCGCUGUAGAUCCGGUUGUUGAUCUCAACUGUUCAUAUUUGCCCUACAUUUUCUAUUGUAUGUUCUUGUCCUAGUUUUUUGAGGCAGUGUUUUAUAUAAUGUUAAAAACUUUUGCUAACAUUUAUAAAAUUGCUGAAAAGAUAACAGAUGCCAAGUUUUAACAUCUACCAAUCCAGUUUUAUUUCUUUCGGCAUUGAAACAGAAAUAGUAACUUGGAUACAUUACAAAAUAAAUGGAGCUGCCAUGGUUUGAUAACAUCUACAAACUGAAUACAAAAAUACAUUCCUUCAUUUAAAAAUAAAUUACAAAAAUAUACACAAUGAAACUAAGUUACAUUUCCAUUUGUUGUGCAUAAUGUGAUCACAGUUCAUACAAGUUUUUGGAUUUAAUAAACAAUUCUGAUCCCUUUGCUCUUUCUUGAUCCCUGAUUGUUAUUUACAGUGAAUUAUUAAACAUCAAGUCCAGUGUGUCUGGAAUACACUAAUCCUGAUAAAAGCUGGCAUCAACACAUGAAUUUUUCUAUUUCACAAAGUGAUGACCAGCAACAGUAGUACUGG